AUGAUCGGUGGCGUUUUUAUUUAUAAUCAUAAAGGAGAAGUACUCAUUUCGCGUGUCUAUCGUGAUGAUAUUGGUCGAAAUGCUGUUGAUGCAUUUCGUGUUAAUGUUAUUCAUGCACGACAACAAUCACGUUUUCCUGUUGUUAAUAUAGCACGUACAAGUUUUUUUUAUACAAAACGUUCAAAUAUAUGGUUAUGUGCUGUAGCUAAACAAAAUAUAAAUGCUGCUAUGGUAUUUGAAUUUUUAAAUAAAAUGAUUGAUAUAAUGCAAUCAUAUUUUGGUAAAAUAAGUGAAGAAAAUGUUAAAAAUAAUUUUGUUUUAAUAUAUGAAUUAUUGGAUGAAAUACUUGAUUUUGGUUAUCCACAAAAUAGUGAUACAGGUGUAUUAAAAUCAUUUAUAACACAACAAGGUGUACGACCAGUUACACGUGAAGAACAAACAAAUGUUACAUCAGCUGUAACUGGACAAAUUGGUUGGAGACGUGAAGGUAUUAAAUAUCGUCGUAAUGAAUUAUUUCUUGAUGUUAUUGAAUCUGUUAAUUUACUUAUGUCACAACAAGGUCAAGUAUUAAGUACACAUGUUGCUGGUCGUGUUGUUAUGAAAAGUUAUUUAUCAGGUAUGCCUGAAUGUAAAUUUGGUAUUAAUGAUAAAAUAACAGUUGAAAAUCGAUCAAAAAAUCCAUUAGAUUCAAUUAAUACAACAAAUAAUUCUUCAACAACAAAUGGUUCAUCAUUAACAACAACAGCAACAACAACAUCUACAACAACAACAACAAAAACAGCUAUUGCUAUUGAUGAUUGUCAAUUUCAUCAAUGUGUUAAAUUAUCAAAAUUUGAAUCUGAACAUUCAAUAUCAUUUAUACCACCAGAUGGUGAAUUUGAAUUAAUGCGUUAUCGAACAACAAAAGAUAUUAGUUUACCAUUUCGUGUUAUACCAUUAGUACGUGAAAUAGGUCGUACAAAAAUGGAAGUUAAAGUUGUUGUUAAAUCAAAUUUUAAACCAACACUUAUUGGACAAAAAAUUGAAAUACGUAUACCAACACCACCAAAUACAUGUGAUGUACAAUUAUUAUGUAUGAAAGGUAAAGCUAAACAUAAAUCAUCUGAUAAUGCUAUUGUAUGGAAAAUGAAACGUAUGGGUGGUAUGAAAGAAUCACAAUUAAGUGCUGAAAUUGAAUUAUUACCAAAUGAUAAAAAAAAAUGGAAUCGUCCACCAAUAUCAAUGAGUUUUGAAGUACCAUUUGCACCAUCAGGUUUUAAAGUUCGUUAUCUUAAAGUAUUUGAACAUAAACUUAAUUAUUCGGAUUCAGAUACAAUUAAAUGGGUACGAUAUAUUGGUAAAAGUGGUUUAUAUGAAACACGAUGUUAG